GUUCUCGUUGCUGGAGUCAUUUAUCUUGGUGCUUUUGUUACAGUCAUCCAUUUUGGUGCUUGUGUGCUAAAGUUUUGUUUUAGGGGUUUCAGAGAUUUGUUUCAUGGGUUUUUCAUCAAUAGAGCUGCCUAUUUUGGUGCUUCGCCUAUUGGAGUCAUCCUUUCUGCACUUCUUUUGUUCAGUCUGCUAGGUGGAAUUCUUUCUGUUGUAUUGCUGUUUCUUUUUUGUGUCUCUAUGGCAUUUGUAUAG